CAGUACCGCUGCGGAGUAUUUUUCACCGAAUUUCUUACACUGUUUCUUCUUCUUCUUCAUCAUCUUCUCUGCAAUUCAGCUUCUUUGAAUCUUUUCGCUCCUUCAUAUAUAAUACUGUUUUCUGACUUUCAUGCGCGCGCGACCAUUAAAUCCGUUUUCUCUAGUUCAUUAAGAUGACGACUUCCAAACUCACGUAUGGCAUGGUCUCCACUGGAUUGCCAAGUAGAUUAACAAGUGAAUAUGACCUUACUAUAAAGAGCAAAAGUUUGCCCUUCAAUUUGAAGCUACCAUGUGGAAACAACAUUUGUCUUGCAAACUCUUAUAAGAAGAAGACGAAGAAGAAGAGAUUCACAAAUGGAGAUGUUUUACCGCGCUCUAGUCUUUUCUCAACGUUUCAAAAGAAACCCACUUCCCCUGCAUUUGGGAAUCGCUUCAUUUUUAAUUGUGGAUCCAACCCUUCAUUUGUGGACGAGAGUUCUACUGCUAAACAAGAGCAAUAUCUAAGCAAUUCAUCUGAAAAAGCUUUUGACCUGGAGGAUAAAUUCUCCACUCAAUUACAGAUACCUGAUGCUAAACGUGAAGUUAUAAUGCUUUCAUGGCCUGCAUUCGCUGGACAGGCUAUUGAACCCUUUGCACAGCUCAUGGAGACCGCAUACAUCGGUAGAAUAGGUUCAGUAGAGCUUGCCUCUGCUGGUAUUUCAAUCUCAAUCUUUAAUAUUAUAUCAAAGCUGUUCAACAUUCCGCUUCUCAGUAUUGCUACUUCUUUUGUGGCUGAGGACAUCUCGAAAAAUGAAGUCAGACAUUUCAAUUCAGAAGAUGUCCAUGAUGAGGAAGGUAGCAUCAGUAAAGCUCACAAGGACAUAAAUAAAAAGAAACAUCUAUCCUCUGUGUCCACAGCACUAGUUUUGGCAGUUGGUAUUGGUAUCAUAGAGGCUCUGGCCUUGUGUAUUGGAUCUGGACUCUUUCUUAACUUGAUGGGAAUAUCAAAGGGCUCCCCAAUGCGAUUUCCAGCACAGAAGUUUCUCUGCCUUAGAGCCCUUGGUGCUCCCGCUGUUGUCAUUUCUUUGGCUCUUCAAGGCAUUUUUCGUGGUUUCAAGGAUACACGAACUCCAGUUUUAUGCCUAUGCAUUGGUAAUUUUUCAGCAAUAUUUUUGCUCCCCUUACUUAUGUAUUACCUGCAGUUGGGAGUCACUGGAGCAGCCAUUUCUACAGUUAUAUCUCAAUACAUUGUUACUUUAUUAAUGAUUUGGCAUCUAAAUAAGCGAGUUGUUUUACUGCCUCCAAAACUAAGAGAUCUGCGAUUCAGUGGCUAUCUAAAAUCUGGAGGUUUUCUUAUCGGGAGAACCCUUGCUGUUCUUAUAACUAUGACACUUGGUACAUCUAUGGCCGUACGUCAAGGACCAGUGGCUAUGGCUGCUCAUCAAAUUUGUCUACAAGUAUGGUUAGCUGUGUCUAUGCUCACCGAUGCACUAGCAGCAUCUGCUCAGGCCUUGGUUGCAAGUUAUUUGUCAAAGGGUGAUUACAAAACCUCUAGGGAAGUCACCAACUUUGUUUUAAAGUUGGGACUACUUACAGGAGCUUCCCUGGCUGUAAUAUUGGGCCUAUCUUUCAGUACUUUAGCUACACUAUUCACAAAAGAUAUGGAAGUCUUGUGCGCUGUUAAAACUGUGGUUUUGUUUGUGAGUGCAAGUCAACCUUUGAAUGCUCUAGCAUUUAUAGUCGAUGGUCUGCAUUUCGGCGUUUCAGAUUUCAAAUAUGCAGCUUAUUCUAUGAUAGCGGUGGGAGCAAUUUCCUCAGCAUAUCUUCUAUGUGCUCCGCCAGUCUUUGGCUUUCGUGGUGUGUGGUCAGGCUUGGCUCUUUUCAUGGGACUACGUGCAGUGGCAGGUUGCAUCAGGUUAUUAUCAAAAGAUGGGCCAUGGUGGUUUCUUCAUGUAGAUUUGAAAGAGAUAUGAGUUAGGUGGACUUCUCUUUAUUCACAAUGAACAGUAAGGUACCCUGUUGUAGCAAAAAUAGGAUCAGUCUUUGCUGGUGAUAGUCACCUCCUUGUUUCAAUGUCCAGUACAAACAUGAUGCAGAUUAUUCCAACUGUAAGCUAAUAUUUUGAUGCCUUGACAGCAAGUGUAUGCUCCUUCCUCGAUUUGUGGGUGAUUUUUUGGGUCUACACCUGGUAGUGAUAUUUUGUUUAAUCAUUUUAUUUCCGACUCAAUCCGAUCUCACUUUACAAAGUUCCCUGUAAAUAAAGAAGUUACGAUCAUUGUAAAUACAGGAUUAUUUCAGACCACGUGAUGAAAGUAGAAUGACAUUUUGUAAAACUAGUUUGGUUAUUUCACACGAUGGAACUAAUUGAGUUAUGGGCUUCUUAUUGGUAAGUAGUGAUGUCUGUCUUUGGCAGUUAUGUCUGCCCUGCCAAGUGUAUUUACUCCACUAGGAAUGAACUGAGUGGAUAAUAACAGUAGAUUCAAUGAGAUGGUAUAGGACACAAUUGUUUACACAUUUUAAUUUUUAGUUUAGUCUUUUGACUUGGA